AUGGUUACCGUCGAGCAGAUGCCCAUCUAUACCCAGAAUGACCCCAAACCAAAAGGAAAGAUACCCGCAGUCGAGAAAAUCGAAGCAGACAUGCGAGACAAGAUCCGAAACAUAGACGAACUCAACUCGGACUUUCUCUCCCCCCAUGAGAUGAACAUCCCCUGGUUCAGCCAUAUCUCUGCCUCUCGCCAGUCCAAGUACUGGAAAAAUGCACAGGAAACCACCGAGGCCUUUCUCCAAGCAAUGUAUACUCACAGCAAAGCAGAACUGCCCAUAGAGCUGGACCGGGAGGACAAAGUCCCCUCGGAAAUCCGGAAAGCGAAAGAGAAGGAGAUUAUCGAGACGGCAGUCAGAUCUGCGGCGACGAUGUUGCCGACUGCCAGUCCUGAGCGGGCUGUACUGCUUGCGCAGUCUAUGCUGCUUAUGGAGUCACCAUCCCCCCUGGAUUUAUAUGCCCGGAAUGUCCUGCAGGAAGACAGCGUUAUAGGAAAGGAACAUUUGGAAUCAACGCUUGCCUGGCUUCAACACACCCAGCGCCACCGCAAAAACCCCGUCACUUCGUUCGACUCGCUUAGGUCGUAUCUCAAUUUCCGUUCCGAGGAUAUAGGCAUGGAAUUCGUGCUCUCCAUGAUAUCGUUCGCCUGCGGUGUUCAUCUCAGCUUCAUCGAGAGAGCGCAGCUCGGCAAGGUCAUUGUCCUCUGCUCCGACCAUCUGUCGCUAGUCAACGACGUCUACUCCUUUGACAAGGAGUACCGCGCCUUCCGGGAGGCAGGGUUCGAUCUCAUCAACGCCGUGCAGAUCAUUCGCUCCUUGUUAUCCGUCGAUAUUCCCCGAGCAAAGCAGGUGGCUGUCAACACCAUUCAGGACAUCGAGGUCGAGAUCCAUGCCGAAGUGAAGCGGCUGGAGGACUCGAGCAUCCUGACUCGCUCGCAGCAGGUGUUUUUGGAUAUGUUGAUCUGUUGCAUUGCUGGGCAUACUUUUUACUCGGCGACGGCAAUUCGCUUCAGACCUGUCUGA